AUGUCUUCAUUCACCUUACCCGGGUCCCCCAGUACGCGUGUGAACGUGAACUCCACGCCUGAUCUCUCCCAGGACGACCUGCUGUCGUUUCCUGCAUUCGAUACCUGGAUAUCGACGCUGCAGGCCUCUUUGGCGCAACAAAAGAAUCCGGGACACGAAUUUCAUCAUGAUCCGUAUAUCCUGCGUCGGAUUGAUGUUCAGUCUGUUGACCGAUUUGGCGGGAGUCGGUUGGGGUUCGUCAAGUUGAAGGCUGAUGUAUCGAAUGGUGCUGGUGAGCAUUUACCCGGUAGUGUAUUCUUACGUGGUGGCAGUGUUGGUAUGCUUCUCAUCCUUCAGCCUGAUGAUAUUCCUGCUUCACAAGAGCAAGGCAAACAAGCAAUACUCACUAUUCAACCUCGAAUCCCGGCCGGAUCCUUAGCUUUUGCCGAGAUCCCCGCGGGAAUGCUCGAUGAUAGCGGGACCUUUGCUGGGGGUGCGGCUAAAGAGAUUCAAGAAGAGACUGGUUUAUCUGUUCAGCAGGAUGAGCUGAUUGACUUGACCUCGCUGGCUCUAGGCUCUACUCAGGAAAAAUCGGGAGAGACUUUGCAGAAAGCGGUGUAUCCGUCCGCUGGGGGAAGUGAUGAGUUUAUUCCCCUUUUCUUAUGCCAGAAGCGUAUACCUCGCAGGGAGAUUGAGGAGUUACAAGGAAAAUUGACCGGUCUACGGGACCAUGGAGAGAAAAUUACGCUCAAGGUGGUGCCCCUUGAGAAUCUGUGGAAGGAGGGACUAAGAGAUGGCAAGACUCUGGCUGCCUGGGCUCUCUAUAAAGGGUUAAAAGAGGAAGGGAAACUUUAA